AUGCAAGAACAUAAAGAAAAAAUUACUUCAACAGAUGAACAUCUUUACAAACCUAAACUUUCAAAAAGAAACGAACCAAAGAAAGAAACAGAAAAUAAAAAAGCACUUGUUAAACCUAAACGUUCAAGACCUCUUAAACAUGUUGUUGGAAGCCAAGAAGUCUUACCAACAUUACAUGUUGUUAAAGGAUUAAGUGUUAUUCGAUUUGUAGCAGGAGAAAAAAUUAUUUCAGGUGGAACAAAAGAACAUGCAGAUAUACUAAAGAAAUAUUGUUUAAUGGGACUAAAUCAAAUAUUGAGAGCUAUAAAAAAAGAUGAGGUUUCAAUUGUUCUUAUUUUGAGAUAUAAACAUAUGAAUAGUGAAACAACUGAGAGUGUUGAUGUCUUGAGUGACGUACUAAAAACUUGUUCAAUUACUAAAUCAUUUAAAUUAUAUUAUGAUAUUGUUUCACAAUCAACAAUUCGUUCUUUGUUCCAAAUAAAUUUUAAUCCACGAGUUAUUGGAAUUAAAAAGACUUAUUUAGAUAAUUCUUCAUUAAAAGAUUUGUUGUCACAAUGUGAAUGUAAUUGA